AUGUUUCCUGUUCGUAUCGUUACCCAACUCCUCUGUAACAAACCUCAUACGGAGGAGAAGAUGGAGAAGAGUCAGAAGGAGUGUCCACUUGAAAAGAGUGAAGAUUAUAAUCAGAAAUAUAGACCAUGGGCGACUGAUUUUCAGCUUAAUGGCACCAAUACCUUAACCGUCCACAAGCCUGCACAUCUCUGCUCGACUGACUCUGAUGAUG